AUGCUGAGCGCUUUUGUCAAUGACCACCACUCAGACUGGGAUAGAUAUUUGUCUUACGUCAUGAUGGCGUACAGAGCAUCUGUACAUGAGACGACUGGAUUCACUCCAAACUACAUGAUGCUUGGUCGGGAGGUAUCAACCGCACUUGACAUUAUGUACGAUAUGCCCAAUGCAGUCAAAUAUAUCCCUAAUAAUCAGUGGGUUUGGCAUCUCAAAGAGACUAUGGAAGAUGCCCAUAGACAUGUUAGGGAAAAUAUCAAAGCGGUCAUGAUGAGACAAAAGAGAGAUCAUGACCAGAAGAUGUCAUGGCAACAAUUUAAAAAGGGCGAUGAAGUGUAUGUCUUUUUUCCUGUGCGGAGGGCAGGGUUAUCUCCGAAGUUUACAAGUUACUGGCGUGGUCCAUAUGUGGUAAUAGACAGAAUGACAGACAAUACCUACAAGGUAAACUGUGGACCACGGGGCAAGCCACAAAUCGUGCAUGUGGACAGAUUGCGCCUGAAACGUAGCCAGACGUUAAGAGAUGAGGUUGUAGAGGACAGUACUUCUCAGGAAGGAAUUAGUCAAGACACAGAGAAAAGUGUCACUGACAAUGAAAGAAAUGACAUAGAAGCACCUCCAAGUGAGGACAACUUUGAUGUUGAUGGGGGUGGGGCUAGAUUCAGAAGACCGCCUACCUGGUUGCAAGACUAUGUGUUAGAUUAA